AUGGCAAAAGUGCCUAACAAGGCAGCGCUUGUUACAGCUGGAUCAUUUAACCCCGUCUGCUCGUUUGCCUAUGCAGUGUCCCGAGAAGGCGGCAGGAAGGUAUUGGAACUUGUCGGUGGUGCAAAGGACGAGGCGUUCGACGUUGCUGUGAUGCACAACUGCAAACUCGGAAAAUUGAACUGCAUCUCUAUCGUGCCUGAGGUUAUCCAUCAGUAUUUUCCUGCGCAAUCCUUCGGGGUGAAGAGCCUGGUGGACAUUGGCAACGGGGAAAAGCCAGGGCCUGGUGACGAGAAAUUUGAAAAUGUUAUGGGCUCAACGGAAAAUAUCUUGCAGAGUGCUCGAUGUAGUGCUUUGUGGGACAGAAAGUGUCCAAGGCCGAAUUCGAAGACCACUACUUCGCCCUCUCCCCCGAACUACAAGCACGAUGAAGCCUCCACAGAACUGCGCAUCUACUUUCCCGUCGCACGUGCGCUGCUGGAACACGACGGCGCCCUGCUCGAAGCUAAUGGCCUCGGCGAAUUCGAACACCAGAGUCUUCAUGGUGACUACGCCGUGCUUGGACGACGACAGACCGAGCACGUCCGCGGAGUAGCCAGCAACAUCGUCAAAGACGGAACGAUCUACCUCGCCAAGCGGAGCAGGCCGGUCCGUCAAAUCGCAAUGUGCGAGUCUAUGACUUCGGAUACCGGUUGCUUGACCGCCAUCAGUGGAGAAUCCGACUACGACAACGGGGAGAAUCCAGAUGCGACGGACAACGGAUGCGUUGCGAACCAUGGCAAGGCCAACUGCAGUAAGAAGUAUGGGCUUGACGAGGGGAGAUGUACGAUAAACCCGGAUCCAUGUAUGGAUUACAGUGGAUGGUUCACAGAUUGGAGAAGUCACAAGUAUCUGUACUUCCUGGGAAGUGCCUGUUCUGUCGGUGUCGAUGGGAAGUGCUGA